AGAAGGAGGAGGCAGCACCUCCGGCUGGAGCGCAGCUCUUUAUUUACAAUAUUAUUAUUAUUAUUAUUAUUAAUAAUAAUACACUUUACUCACAAAUUCGCGAAACGCUAGGUACACUGGAACAAAAACCACACGCACAUUUCUGUUGUAAUGAAGGAAAAAAACAAAACAAAACAAAAGCAGCCUUGUUCCCGGACUGACGCCUGCUUGUUUGGCUACAUCACUGGCUAAGCGUGAAUCAUCCUUAGCUUAGCUAACGUUACCACCGGGAUGCCUCGCGUUAAGCUGGAGGCCUAAAACUAGAUAUUUUUUAAAUUCUUUUGGAUCUCAGACAACAACAUUUCUGUCUCAUAAUGGAAGAAAUUCUCCGAAAGCUUCAGAAAGACGCCUCUGGGAACAAAUACAAGGCUAUUCGUGAUGGUUGCGCCGUGGCGUGUGAAACCCUGGAGGCUCAAAACGGAUCAGUUAAGACGUCAGCAUCUAAGGUCAGGGAGAGAUGCCUCUUCCCACUUAAGCUUGCACUCGACUCCAAAAACCCAAAGCUGGCUCAGACAGCUCUCAUGGGAAUGCAGAAGUUCCUGUGUGAGGAUCGCUUUAUCGCUGUGGAACCAGAAGCACCAGAGAAGCAGCUGUUGUUCCAAAUGCUGGACGCCAUCAGCGUGACCCCCAUGCUUCAUGAGGAUCUACAGGUGGAGGUCAUGAAGGUCUUGCUUUGUAUCACAUAUUCCUCUAGCUUUGAGUUCAACAGCAGCAACAUCUUGAGGAUUGCCGAGGUGUGUAUCCAGACGUACAUAACAAGUUGUCAUCAACGCAGCAUCAACACAGCAGUAAGGGCCACACUUAGUCAGAUACUGGGAGAUCUUACCCUUCAACUACACCACAGACAGGACAGCUCCGGUGGAGAUGAACGGGAGCGUACCGUGCCUACAAGCAAACGCAAAGACUUUUCUCCCACCACUGCAGCUCUGUAUGAGGAUGUGGUGACUGUCCUUACUGUAUUCUGUGAAAAACUGGAGUCUGUUUCAAGUGAGAACCAGCUGUUGCAGCUGCUGUAUCUGGAGUGCAUUUUAGCCAUGCUCAGCAGCUGCCCUCCCACAAUGCAUCUGAACCGCAGCUUCACGGAUCUCGUCUGGAAGCAGCUGUGUCCAGUUCUGGUGGUGAUCACAGGCAACCCUGUGAAUGAUAAGACCAUCACCUCUGCUCACGGAGCUCCAUCACAAGAGUUGGACGCUGCACUAGGGUCAGGGGUUAGUGAUCAGGGCCGGGGUUCUGGCUGUUCUUCCAGUGCCCCUGCCAUGAUUGGACCGGUGAUCCGCACCAUCUGCUACAUCGCAGCUGAGCUCGUGCGACUAGUGAACUGUGUAGAAUCAAUGAAGCCUGUGCUGCAGUCUCUCUACCACCGCAUCCUGCUCUACCCUCCUCCACAGCACAGACUGGAGGCCAUCAAGAUUAUGAAAGAGAUCCUCGGUAGCCCGCAGCGCUUAUUUGACCUGGCUGGCCCAUGUGUUAUUGAGCCUGAGACCAGGAAGAGAUCGUUCUCGAAGAGGAAAUCACAUCUUGACCUUCUCAAGUUGGUGAUGGACGGCAUGACGGAAGCUUGUGUGAAAGGUGGCAUUGAGGCUUGCUAUUCCUCUGUUUCUUGUGCUUGUGCUCUACUUGCUGCCCUUGACGAGCUCAGCCAGGGACGUGGCCUGCAUAUGGACCAGGCACAACUUUUACUGCGUCGAUUGGAGGACUUGAAAGACGGGGCAGAGUUGUUGAGGGAAUCAGUGGAGCUCAACGAGGCCGAUUUCCGUUGGCAGCGGCGCGUGUUGUCCACUGAAAACGCCACCUGGGAGACUGCCAUUUCUGAACGCAGCCCUGAUAUCAGCAUCAGCGUCAUCACUGACACAGGUCAGGUUACUCUGGAGGGUGAUCUGGGUCAAACCACCCAAGGGGAGAGUGAAGACGAUGCACGAAUCCCUUCGCCUUCCUCCUGUGGAGGUGCUGCAGGGGAGAGUGGUGCUCCUCCAGAUGUGGUCCAGCGCAGCCAUGCCCUGGCCUACCCAGACCUCACCAACUUCCUGUCGGUGGAGUCUCGCAUGCGCCCACAUGGCUCACGUUACAGUGAGAGUAAUUUCAGUAUGGACGAGCAAGAGCUCUCGCGCACAGAAUUUGACUCGUGUGAUCAGUAUUCCACAGCUGCCGAGAAGGACUCGGGACGCUCGGACGUUUCAGAUGUUGGUUCAGACAAUGGCUCAUUGGCUGACGAUGAGCAGACGCUGCGCCAAGGUCCCGCCCAUCGUUCAAUGCGCACCACCGCAUUUUCGCUCAAGCUGCUGAAGAACCAGGAAGCAGACCAGCAGAGUGCCCGUCUCUUUGUUCAGUCUCUGGUGGGAUUGUUGCCACGGCUUCUGGCCCUUCACAGCCCUACAGAUGUGGAUGUCGCACUACAAAACUUCUCCUCAACUUUCUGCUCGGGCCUCCAAGUAGGUGGGAUUCACUCUCCUGGCUUCGAGGGCAGUGAGAAUCUAAGCUGCCAGGCUCUGAUGAACGCAGAUGGGUUGUAUUUGGUGUCCUACUAUGCCUUGUUACUCAACCUUAAACUGAGCACCUGUGGUUACUACCAAAGGAAACCCGCUCCUCCCAUUGUCACUCUGAAAGAGUUUGUGCAUCAGAUCCAGAGCAGUGGCGUUCUAGUCGUGCUCUCUCAGGCCUGGAUAGAGGAACUGUACCACCAAGUCUUAGAGAGGAACCUGCUAGGAGAGGCUGGAUAUUGGGAGUCGCCUGAGGAGCACUCACUCCCUCUUAUCACCAUGCUGACAGAUAUUGAUGGACUUGGCAGCAGUGCUAUAGGAGGUCAGCUGAUCAGAAGAGCCUCGUCGCAGUCAUCCUUUACAAGUGAUAAGAAAGACAAUAACACUGUGUUGGCAGGUAUAAUGUUUGCACGGUACAUCCUGAUUGGCUGUUGGAAGAACCUGAUUGACACUCUGUCUACGCCUCUGACGGGCCGCAUGGCAGGCAGCUCGCGGGCUCUGGCUUUCAUCCUGGGUGCAGAAGGCGUUAAAGUGCAGAACCAGAGGGAGAGAGAAACCAUCUGCCUCAGUCUUGAUGGCCUGCGCAAGGCUGCUGCACUCAGCUGUGCUCUGGGUGUAGCUGCCAACUGUGCCUCAGCUGUAGCUCAGAUGGCAGCAGCUUCCUGUGUUCCAGAGGAAAAAGAGGAAAAGGAUCAGGCUGAGGCUGGAGAUGCCAUUACUCAAGUUAAGCAUAGAAUGGAGCAGAAACUUGAGCAGAUGGGUCGGGGACAAGGAGUGAAGCUGCACACUGCUCACAUGCUCUGCAUGGACGCCAUCCUCAAUGUGGGUCUAGAGAUGGGCAGCCAUAAUCAUGAUUGCUGGCCACAUGUCUUCAGAGUGGUGGAGUAUGUGAGCUCACUAGAGCACAGCCACUUCAGUGAUGGGAGUUCUCAGGCUCCUAUGACCAUCACUCAGACUCAGCAGGCUUCGUCCAUAAUGGGAAAUCCCGAGCAGAGUGUGGAGUCCGUCCCUGAGUUGGAGCUGAACCUGAGCCACCCAGUCAUCCAGCCAACUUCCAUUCAGGAUCUGUUACGUGAAAACAGCAACGCGAAAGGUUUUGAUCUGCGGGGUGGCAGUCUCCUGACCGGCAACAGCGCCGCUAAAGUUGUCUGCACACUCUCCACACAGGCGGAUAGAUUGUUCGAAGAUGCAGUGAGUAAACUUAACCUGGUGGGUCUGGUGGGUUUUCUACACCAACUGAGGAAAGCCUCACAAUCCCAACUCUUCAACUCAGUCACAGAAACUGGGGACUACUCCUUAGCCAUGCCAGGGGAGGCUAAGUCCACACAAGACAAGCGCAGUGCUCUUCACCUUUUCAGACUGGGUGAAGCCAUGCUUCAUAUCGUAAGGAACAAGAGCCGGCCACUUCUGCACAUGAUGAGAGCCUGGAGUGUGGUAGCUCCUCAUCUGGUGGAGGCUGCAUGUCAUAAAGAACGUCACGUGUCCCAGAAGGCCGUGUCAUUCAUCCAUGACGUUCUGUUGGAGGUGCUGAGCAGCUGGGCAGAGCUUCCCCACUUCCACUUUAACGAAGCGCUUUUCCGGCCCUUUGAGCACAUUAUGCAGCUGGAGCUCUGUGACGAGGAUGUACAGGACCAGGUGAUCACAUCCAUCGGGGAGCUGGUGGAGCUUUGCUCUCCUCAGAUCCAGUCAGGAUGGAGGCCGCUCUUCAGCGCUCUGCGCACUGUGCAUGGAAGCAAGAAUGACAUGAAGGACUAUCUGAUUGGAGAAUACUCUAUGGGCAAAUCCCACGCUCCUGUUUUUGACGUCUUUGAGGCCUUUAUUAACACAGACAACAUUCAGGUUUUUGCCAAUGCAGCAACUGACUACAUCAUGUGCCUUAUGAAGUUUGUGAAGGGGUUAGGAGAGGUGGAUUAUAAAGCGAUAGGUGAUUGUGUUCAUGCGAAUGGAUACAGCUCUACAGACCUGUGCCUUCCUGCCCUGGAUUAUCUGAGGAAAUGCUCGCAGCUGCUGGCCAAAAUCUACAAAAUGCCUUCAAAGCCAGUGUUCCUUGGUGCACGGCUGGCCAGUCUUCCCAUGAGAGUCCAGGAGCGCUCAGUCAGCAGCGAAGACGGUAUUGACUCCGUACUAGCUGAGUUCGAUGAUGACACAGGUCUGAUCCAGGUGUGGAUUUUGCUUUUGGAGCAGCUCACUGCAGCCGUGUCUAACUGCCCUCGUCAGCACCAGCCACCCACACUGGAACUGUUAUUUGAGCUGCUCCGAGAAGUCACUAAAAUACCAGGCCCAGGCUUUGCCAUUUUCUCAGUCAUCCAGCUCCUUCUUCCUGUCAUGUCAAUGUGGCUGCAGCGAAGUCAUGGAGAUUAUUCAUACUGGGACAUCGCAGCUGCAAACUUUAAGCACGCCAUCGGGCUUUCAUGCGAGCUGGUGGUGGAGCAUGUUCAAAGUUUUAUUCAUUCAGAUAUGGGCUAUGAGAAUCUUAUUAACCUGAUGCUGAAGGACUUAUUCAAGCUGCUCGUGGCUUGUGUGGCUGAGCCUGCAGAGACCAUUUCCAGAGUUGGCUGUUCCUGUAUCAGAUAUGUUCUAGUGACAGCAGGGCCUGUGUUUACGGAGGAGAUGUGGAGGCUGGCCUGCUAUGCCCUGCAAGAUGCCUUCUCAGUUACACUUGAACCUGUCAAGAAUCUGCUUGCAUGUUUUCGGAGUGGUUCAGACACGUUCACAGGGGACGCGUGCGAGGUGAAAGUAGCCGCCCCAACACACUCUGCUUCCGCUGAAGCGGAGUACUGGAGGAUCCGUGCCAUGGCACAGCAGGUCUUUAUGCUGGACACUCAGUGCUCUCCCAAGACUCCCAGUAGUAAGGAAGGAUUUGAGCAUGCUCAGUCAUGCGUGCUGAUUAUUGAACUUCCUGCAGACCAGCAGUCCAAUGGCCAUGUUCAGAAGAGGAAAAUUGGGAUUCCAUUCAGGACGAUUGUGGUGAGCUUGCUGUCCCACCAGGUGCUGCUGCAGAACCUCUACGACAUCCUGCUGGAGGAGUUUGUGAAAGGCUCCAGCAGUUCUGAGAGCCAGGAUCGAUUAACACCUGUCUCGGAGCCCAAAGGGUCUGGUUUUCUACGCUACAUCUCCAUGCAAAACCUGGCCGUUAUCUUGGACCUCCUGCUCGAAUCUUACCGCACGGCCCGGGACUUUGACACGCGUCCUGGGCUUAAAUAUCUACUCAUGAAGGUGUCAGGGGUGUGCGGCGCCGCUAACCUGUACCGCCAAUCUGCAAUGAGCUUCAAUAUCUACUUCCAGGCACUGCUGUGUGCCAUGCUGACCAACCAGGAGCAGAUCACUGUGGAGCAGGUGAAGAAAAUCCUCAGUGAGGAGGAAGAAGAGGAAGAAGAGGAGGGGAGCUCAGAUUCGUCACAAGCCUGCUCAUCUGAAGAUGAGGAUAUGUUUGAGGAGACGGCGCGAGUGAGCCCACCACGCCGGUGGCGUACACGCCUGCCUGCUUUGAGCACUCAACCUGUCAGUGGUGCAGAUUGGGCAUGGCUACUCAAACGCAUGCACAAACUCUGCAUGGACCUCUGCACAAACUACAUUCAGAUGCACCUAGACCUGGAAAACAGCAGCGAUGAGCCACCUCCCACCACCCGUCCUGACAGCAUGUUCUUUCUGCCCCUCUUCCCUUCAGAGAGCUCCACCCCAUCGACAGGCGGCCAUUCAAGCCGUGGGACACCCUUGGAGGACAUCCCUCGCCUUCACAUGCCCAACACACCCUCCUCAGAGGAGGAGGAGAGGAGGAGGAAGAAGGAGUGGUGGGAGAGUGCCAGCAACAAGCUUUACACCAUCGCCACUGACAAGACCAUUGCCAAGCUGAUGAUGGAGUACAAGAAGCGCAAGCAGCAGCAGCAGCAGCAACAGAACCAUGGCUCACUGACCAAGAAGGCAGGGGAAAGGAUGACACCAGAAUCGCCAGGGCCACAGAGACCUCAGCAACUCCUCGAUCAGAGGACCAUGAGGCAUUCUUUUAGCGCCGGACCAGAACUACUGCGUCAGGACAAGAGGCCACGCUCGGGUUCUACCGCCAGCUCGCAUAACAUCUCUCUCAGAGACUCUGAGGCACAGAUACAAGCAUGGACCAACAUGGUUCUCACCAUCCUGAACCAAAUCCAGCUGUUGCCAGAUGCCACCUUCGUGGCCCUGCAGCCUGCCAUGUUCCCCUGCUUCAGUCAGCUCACGUGUCACGUGACUGACCUCCGUGUGCGGCAAGCGGUGCGAGAGUGGCUGGGACGUGUAGGACGCGUUUAUGACAUUAUCCUGUGAGAAGCUCGCUGCUUUGUUGUCCUUGUGAGCUGACUAAUUUCCUUUUCUUCUUGGGAUUUGCUAACUGGGAUACUAAGGGUUUCUUUUAGCCUUUUCCUGUUGCAUUCUGUGCUCUCUGUAUUCUGUGAACAUACAUAUCGAAAUGCUUUGCAGAUCAAUUUCAUCGAAAAUGUUUACCUUGUUUAUUUAUCACACGGUAUUGACUACUCCGAUUUGUAUUACUUUCGAAUCCUAUCCGAUUAUUUAUUGUCCGUCACUGAGCUUUAAUAUUUAUUUCCAGUGAAUAGGAAACUGUGUUUACUUUAUGCACUUUUGUACACUCCUUUAGUAAUGUGAGUUUAGUGCCACUGAUCCUGGCUUAGGGGCCACACAUAAAGUCAUGAGGCGUGGAGUCAAAAUUCAGUCAUAAACUUUACAUGUUGCUGCUGUUGCAAAAAAAAAAAAAAAAAAAAAAAUCAAAUUGAAAACUUCAAGUGUUUGGUCUAAUGCUCAAAGUGUUAAGAGCUGCAAAGAACUGACGAUAAUUUAACAAUAAUGCAAAUUCCUUCAGGGCCGCAAAGUCAACAUUACAAAAUACUGUACCGCAUAUUUACAUUACUGCUUUUUACAGAGCAUCAGAAUGAUCACUCACAUUAGAGGACUCUCUUAUAUACUGUAUAUGUUUUAGUUUUGGGACACCCCUCCAAAUCAUUGAAUUCAGGUGUUGUUUUUCAACAACAGGGGUUGGACUCGGCCCCUUAGUUCCAGUGAAAGGAACUCUUAAUGCUUCGGCAUAGUAAGACAUUUUGGACAAUUUGAUGCUCCCAACUUUGUGGGAACAGUUUGGGGAUGACCCCUUCCUGUUCCAACAUGACUGCACACCAGUGCACAAAGCAAGGUUUAUAAAGACAUGGAUGAGAGAGUUUGGUGUGGAGGAACUUCACUCGUGCGACAUCAGUGCCUGACCUCACAAAUGCACUUCUAGUGGAAUGGUCAAAAAUUCCCAUAAACACACUCCUAAACCUUGUGGAAAGCCUUCCCAGAAGAGUUGAAGCUGGUACAGCUGCAAAGGGUUGGCCAACUCUAUGUUAAAUUCAUGUGCAUGUAAAGGCAGGCAUCCCAGUUUUGGUUUGGCUCACAGUCUCCAUUCUAAUUCAUCCCAAAGGUGUAGAGGUCAGGACUCUGUGCAGGCCAGUCAAGUUCCUCAACACCAAACUCACUCGAUCCAUGUCUUUAUAGACCUUGCUUUGUGCACUGGUGCGCAGUCAUGUUGGAAUAACAAGGGGUCAUCCCACAAAGCUGGGAGCAUGAAAUUGGCUAAAAUGUCACUGGAACUAAGGGGCCAAGCCCAACCCCUGGAAACCAACACCUGAAUCCAAUGAUUUGGAGGGGUGUCCCAAAACUUUUGGCAAUAUAGUGUAUCUUACUCAAAGAAUAAAACAUAAUUUAUCCCGGGUUUACACAGAAGUCAGAUUUGCCACACUGAUCAACCUGAUUAUCGCAGUCCUGCCUCAAAGCAUCAAAUCUCCUUCCCUGACUGUUAAGGUUUUUGCUUGAGCAUUUUCCUCUAUCAUUAGUACAAGACACUGCAUAUACACUUUGUAUUUAAAUGUAUAUUCAAACUGUUGAAGCAUAUAUUUGCUUCUUUAAUUUCUUUUGGUGUUACUGUAAGUUCAGUGGGCAGUAACCAUGAAGCUUUAACUUUGCUGGUUCAGAUUAUCAUCCAUUCCUAAACCCUGCUUACGUAUUAGUCUCGUAAUUUGUGUAUAAUGAUUUUUCAUGUGUCCGCAUCAAGGGGAUGAUCUGUUGUGCUCCUCUGCAGUGCUUAAAUACUGCUUUCAAAGAAACCAAGACCCUAAAGAAAUCGCAUGUGCUUUUCAGUUAAAUAUAAUAUGCUUUAUGGUCAAAAGUAUGUGAACACACCCAUGUGUAUUGCUGGACGUUUGAACAGGAUAUCUUUAAAUGCAUUACAAUUUCCCUUCACUGGAAUUAAGCUCCAGCAUGACAAAGCUCCAUGAAGACCAUCGUUGAAGUACAAGAACUGCACAGAGCUCUGACCUCAACGACUUUGGGAUGAAUUUGAACGUCGAACCGUGUGCCAGACUUCCUCACCCGACACCAGUCCCUGAUCUCACUAAUGCUCUUGUAGUUGAAGAAGAGAGGAGUCCCAGAACAGAGGAGCUUUAUUAUAACAGCAAAACAGAAGAGUGAAUCUGGAAUGAUUGGCAUGUGUGGGUUCAGGUGUUCACAUAUUUUUGGACAUAUAGCAUGUAAUGCCCAACUGCAAGAGAACUAAUUUUAAACCACCAUCAGUUCAUCUUAAACAGCGAAAAUACAGUGCUUCAGUAAAAUGCUUUACCACGGAAGUAAAACUAAGCUGGAUUUGAAUGUAAUAACCGCUAAUCACACGUUUCUUUGUGUUUUUAUUUCUUUCUUUGUAAAAUAACCAAAGACAUGCUUUUUGAUGCGAAGUGUUUAAAGGUUGUUCUUUGUAGUAGGAGCUUGUAAUGUUUCCACUAUUCUAAAAGCAGUUAAAGCCUGUAGAAUGUAUUGUUGAAGGACCUGCACUUUCCCUUUUCUUUUUAACAAAAAUCACAUUUUCAGCCCCACCAUUCAAGAACAAUUUGAUCCAUACUUUUUUUUUUCUUUUUUUUUUUUUAAAUAACAGUGUUUUAGUUUUUCAGUUUAGCAGAAAACGGAGCAACAGUUCAGGAUAUUUUGACGAUUUGCACAGACGUAAUGACACCAACAGUGUCAUGAUUGUUGGUAAGUACACUAUAUUGCCAAAGGUUUUGGGACACCCCUCCAAAUCAUUGAAUUCAGUUGUUGUUUUUUAGGGGUUGGGCUUGGCCCCUUAGUUCCAGUGAAAGGAACAUUUGGACAAUUUCAUGCUCCCAGCUUUGUGGGAACAGUUUGGGGAUGACCGCUUCCUGUUCCAACAUGACUGCACACCAGUGCACAAGCAAGCUCCAUAAAGACAUGGAUGAGUGAGUUUGGUGUGGAGGAACUUGAUUGGCCUGCCCAGAGUCCUGACCUCAACCUGAUAGAACACCAUUGUGAAGAAUUAGAGCGGAGAGUGAACAGGAAGGGGUCAUCCCAAAGUUGGGAGCAUGAAAUUUUCUAAAUUGUCUUGGUAUGCUGAAGCAUUAAGAGUUCCUUUCACUUGAAAUAAGGGGCUAAGCCUAACAACACAACACCUGAAUUGAAUUCUUGAGUCUCAUGAUUUGGAGUGGUGUCCCAAAACAUUUGCCAAUAUAGUGUGGAAUAUGAUUACACCUUCUUUUUUCUUUUCUUUUUUUUUUAAUAAAUAGUUUCUUAAAGCUGAUUGGUUGAGCUGCAUUCAAUACAACAAUAAAAUGGUUACACUACAGCCGCUGUUCUGCGGAUAGAAUACCCUCUGUUGCUUAGCAACCAAAGCUGUUAACAUUGCGUUGUUUAUUGCAGAUUAAUUUUUUUUAUUUAUUGAACACCAAAUUUGAUAAUAUUGUUUGUUAGUUUUAUAACAGAAUCGAAUUAAAUGGCACUAAGCCUUCGAAAUAAAGCAUUAAGUGACACAAGGGUGAGGUACACGCUAUUUUGUCGUGUCUGAGAACGCCCUUACCUGUGGAAACGUCACUGUAACACACGUCAUAGUUCAGCGUUAUUUAUAUCCUGCUAUUACACUAAUAAACCGUGGCUCAGUGGCAUUCGAGUGCUCGUGUAACUGUAAUGCUGCGCUACGUAUUCUCCUAAUUACGAGGGCUUUCGAUGAUUUACUAAUGGCACAACGUGUUUUAUCUUUCUUUCGUAAAGAGUCAAAAAAAGUUGCAUUAUUUAUGAUUACUUAAUUUAUGUGACAACAACAAUCAAGACUACUGCGGUAUACUGUAUGUGCACAUGCUAAAUAUACAUUUGCCAAUGAUGAUUUAUGUUGUAUGUGUCGUGGAAUUAAAAAAAAAUAACUAUG